AUGCCCGACUGGCACGACGCGCCGCCGGCGUACGAAGAGGCGCUGCAAAGCAGUGUCGCCGGGGACACGAGCACAAGCUCGCACGGAGCGAACACGAGCGGUGCGCUCGCACCGCCGCUACCACCCCGCACCCAGCAGCCAUCGCCUGCGCCGUCGACUCCGCAACCCGGCACGCCCGUGCAGUAUGCACCGUCGCCGCGGCCGCCUGCAUCGCCUGUGCCUGCUGCGCAGAGAGCCGGGCCGCUGCCUACCUAUACGCACCAGCCCGGACACCCGUUGCUGAACGAAGGGCGGCUGCUUGUCUAUCCCGUCCACAAAGGCCGCUGUGAAAAGUGCGGCAACACGGGGUACAAAGGCGGCGACCCCUCGCGCCCGUGUUCGCGGUGCUGGCGCAAGUACGGGCGUGCAUACAGCGGCGCGCUGAAGCAGGCGUACGAAGGCACGGGCCUUGCCUCUGUCCUGCAAGGCAUGUCGCUGCAGCGCCCCCUGCCCGGCGCAGUGAACUAUACGCAUCCCAACAUGGUGCACCAAGGCACGCAGCCAGUCGGGUACGUGGCGAACCAGUCGUACAUGCCCUAUGCGCCCUACGCGCCCUACCGCCCUGCCGCGCAGUACGUCCCUCCGGCAGCGGCUCAGGCGCCUGCCGAGCCCGAGCGCUUCCCCGAGGACCAGCACUCGUCCGCCCCGCCGCGGUACGAGCAGGCGAGCGCGAGCGAUAAGCCGCUUCCCGACCAGCAGUAUCCGCAGCAGCAUGCGCCGCCGCCGCAGGCGCCGCAGGUGCCGCAGCCCGUCCCGGCUCCGCAGCCGAUGCCAGGCGGGUGGGGCGCGGCGCAGCCGGCGCCCAUGGGCCCGACGCACUACUGGCCCGGCUACGCCCCCCCGCCCGGUGCGGUGCGUGUGAUGCCCGGCGACCCUCGUAUCGGGGGUAUUCUGUGCCCCGAGUGCUACGGCUCUGGCGACGAUGAUGGCAUCGUCUCGCUGUUCCUCGGCGGCGGCGACUGUCGCCGCUGUGGUGGGACGGGCCGCAUCGGCCAUGGUGGAUACGUUUAG